AAAAUGCUAAAUUGAAUGAAUUAACCAUAUUCACUUAUUUAGACUUUUUAUUUAUCUCUGUCUCUUUCUUUUUCUCUCACCUUCUCUCUCUUUUUCUUUAGCUGCGCCGCAAUCCAUUUCUGCUCUCUUCACUUCAUCAUCGGCCAUUGAUUUCUCACCGUCUGAUUCUUCUCUCUAGGGAAAAAGGAAAACGCAGGUGAAGAAUGGAAUCGGAGGAUGACUUCGAUAUGCACGACGCUAACAACGAAUCUGGAGAAGAUGAUUUCUAUAGUGGCGGUGAAGAUGAUGCCGGAGCUAUGGCUGUUUAUGAUGAUUCAGAUGCCGAUGUUGCUGAUUAUGAGUUCAUCGAUAAUGAUUCUGAUGAUUCCGAUGAUCUUAUCUCUCAUCGACACCAGCAAAAUUAUACCAUUUUAAGUGAAGUAGAUAUUCGUCAGCAUCAAGAGGAUGAUAUCAUGAGGAUAUCCACCGUGCUUUCCAUCUCAAAGGUUGAAGCAAGCAUCCUGUUACGGUACUAUAGUUGGAGCGUUAGUAAAGUACAUGAUGAAUGGUUUGCAGAUGAGGAAAAGGUUCGCAGGUCUGUUGGCUUAUUGGAGAAGCCUGUAGUUCCAUUUCCUGAUGGUAGAGAAAUGACUUGUGGGAUAUGUUUCGAAAACCAUUCUUAUGAUAGGCUGCACGCUGCUGCAUGUGGUCAUCCUUUUUGUAAAUCUUGCUGGGCAGGUUAUAUUAGUACAGCCAUCAAUGAUGGUCCUGGAUGUUUGAUGUUGCGGUGUCCUGAUCCAUCCUGUGCUGCUGUUGUUGGUCAAGAUAUGGUAAAUGCAUUGGCUUCUGUAGAAGACAGACAGAAGUACUUCCGUUAUUUCAUUAGAUCUUAUGUUGAAGACAAUAGAAAGACCAAAUGGUGUCCUGCACCAGGGUGUGAUUAUGCUGUGGAAUUUAUUUUGGGCAGUGGAAGUUAUGAUGUUACUUGUCACUGCUCAUAUAGCUUUUGUUGGAAAUGUGCUGAGGAAGCUCAUCGUCCUGUUGAUUGUGGCACUGUCGCCAAGUGGAUACUGAAAAAUAGUGCAGAGUCUGAAAAUAUGAAUUGGAUAUUGGCUAAUUCUAAGCCUUGUCCAAAAUGCAAGCGCCCAAUUGAGAAGAACCAGGGGUGUAUGCAUAUUACAUGCACACCACCUUGUAAAUUUGAAUUUUGCUGGCUUUGCCUUGGUUCAUGGUCUGAGCAUGGUGAGAGAACUGGUGGUUUUUAUGCUUGCAACCGUUAUGAGACAGCAAAGCAAGAUGGUGUGUAUGAUGAGGCGGAGAAACGAAGAGAGAUGGCUAAAAAUUCUCUAGAGAGAUAUACACACUAUUAUGAACGAUGGGCAACCAACCAAUCGUCUAGGCAAAAGGCACUGGCAGAUCUACAGCAAAUGCAGUCUGUACAUCUUGAGAAGCUGAGUGACAUACAGUGCCAACCUGAGUCACAGUUGAAAUUCAUCACUGAGGCAUGGCUACAGAUAGUAGAAUGUAGGAGAGUUCUCAAAUGGACAUAUGCCUAUGGAUAUUAUUUGCCGGAACAUGAACAUGCUAAAAGACAGUUCUUUGAAUACUUGCAAGGUGAGGCUGAGUCUGGGUUAGAACGACUUCAUCAAUGUGCAGAGAAGGAGCUGCAGGUUUAUCUCAAUGCAGAUGGCCCAUCAAAAGACUUUAACGAGUUUCGGACAAAACUUGCUGGAUUGACAAGUGUGACCCGGAACUACUUUGAGAACUUAGUUCGAGCUUUAGAAAAUGGUUUAUCGGAUGUGGACUCCCGUGGAGCCUGCAGCAGGAUGGGGAAUUCAAAGGGCUUAGGAGGCGGUAGCAGUAGGGGAAGAAGCGGAAAGGGCAAAGGUUCAACCUCUAGACCCAGCAGCUCUAGCAGAAACAUUGACGACUCCGGCCAUUGGUCCUGCGAAUAUUGCACCUUUGCAAACGUCAAGUCAGCCACCACUUGCCUAAUGUGCCAGCAGCGUCGAUAAUUCCAUCGACCACACACCCAGCCCAACCUGCCUAGAUGGACAAUUCAUCUGAUACCCAUGGCAUAGAGCUUUAGAGGAUUGCCAAAAGAUAUCCCACUUCUCUUUUCCAUCUAAAAGUAGCUGUGAUACAUCGCAGACAGCCGUGCUGUGAUAAUGGAGAAGAUGGGGGGUAUGUUUUUAUGUUAUGUGAAUUGUAUAUAGUUUAUACUUGUGUAGGUCCAAAAACCCUUGAACUUGCUUGUAUUCAUAUUAUGUUAUUUCUAGGGUUGUAGCAAAGAACAAAAACAAAAACAAACAAACAAUGGGUUUGGAGAAAAAGCUUUAAGGGUUUAAAGUGGGAACUAGCAAAUGAAAUGGGGGAAGGAUAGGCUGCAUUGUGACCAUUCUGCAAUGAUAAAUAAUUUGUUGUAA